CGUAUACUACCACACCAGUGGUGGCUGUAUAGUUAACUCAAUUUUCUUAAUUAAAUCGGCGCCGCUGAAUGUGGUAAUUCAUAUUAAACAUGAUUCAUAGGCGUUAGUUACGCAUUUAACAGUGCAUCAAUUUCGCACGUACAUUAAGCACAGGAAUUACAGUCAGAUUUGACGACGAAAUUGUUUUUGAAAGAAUAGUAAUGCGUCGACGACGACGUGUGUCUAGAUAAACAAAAUAAACGGACAGAUUAAAUCGUUGCAUAUGACAUUUUAAUAAAAAAUCAAUUUAAAAUCGCAGCAAAUGAACACAAAAGCCAUUGUUGAAUGCGGAAGUCGGCAAAAAAUUGAUUCAAUCCAAAUAAAGUAAAAGGCUACAGUUGUUUUUUUUUCUUCAUUUCGUUUGACAUUAAAACAUUCAAUAUUUGCUUUGAUGUAAGCACAAUUGUACACACGAUACACAGUAAAUGUGUGUGAUAAUAAGAAACGGUGACAAGCCAUAGGUCGCUGCAAUUUAUUGCCAACUUGAAAACGUCCGAUGAUUUGAAAUCGGUGUGUCUAGAUCACCACCAAAUGGGAUCGAAUCGAGGUGGUUUCGAUCUUCCAGAACGAAAUUCGAAUUGAAUACCGAAUACACGUACAUUGAAGCAGGCAGGCGUUUUCGAAACUAUCGUAGUAGAUUGGAUUGGAAUGUCAAACAAAACGCAUGCACUAACACAACCGCACAAUAGGCGAAACAUCAUUCGAAUAGGUGUGUGAUGUGCAUUUCACAUAACACAAGAUGUAAAUACAGAGCGUAAAUUAAACAGAGAAUGUGAUCGAAUGGAAAAGAGAGACAGGGAGAGACGGAGAGCGAGAGAGCGAGAAUAAGAAGAGAAGAAAAAAAAAUAAUACGAAUACACCUAAGCAAUUACAACAGAGCAUUCACUUCAGAGCAUACGAAUGAUUUUGACGGGAGUGGAAUUUUUGUUUUUCGCUCCGAAUUAAUUCCGUAGAAUUAUAGAGAACAAUAAAGGCGACUACAUCAAUCAUCGUUCGGUAAAUCACAAUCAUUUCUGCCCAUUUUCGUUUUUUUAUUUGCCAGUGCCAAAUGGGAAAGCCGCAGGUUUGAGCAGAAAUUUGUACAGGAAGAAGAGAAAAAAGCAGUGUGUGAUUUUUGUGCACUAACAAAUAGUGUAUGUGUGUUUUUUUAUAGCAAUAUUUUACGAGCAUAAAUUAAAUUAUUUACUCUCGGGUGUUUUCUAUCGUUCGUUUUUAUGUGUGUCUCUUUCGCCCGUGUCAGCAGCGAGCGGCAGCAAUGUGAUCGAAUCAACGAAAAAUUAAAAUAAAAUGAUUAUUUCUCUCGCACAAAUUCCAAACGCAAUAACACACUUUGGCCCAUUGAUUGCACAAUAAUAAGUUGAUGUCAUUGAUAGCGCAUUGAUUUCGAGUGAGAACAGUGUGAAUCAAUCAUUUUUGGUGAUCAUAACGUAAACGAAAAUAAGAAAGUCGAUUUCGGAUCGGUGCGUACAUGAAAAGGGCAGCAACAUUGUUUAUAUAGACAGAAAGACGACAAAAAAAAAAAAACGAUAGAUGUGAAUGCUCGCAAAUUGUCAAUGUGACAACAACAAUUGUUAAUCAUAUCAUUCGAACUGAGAGAGUAAGAGAUAAUGUAGUGUUUAUUUGGUCCGGAUUUCUUUGGAGUUUUUUCAAACUAUAACGCUGUUUGGUGAUUUUGCCAUUGUACACCAGUUGGAAUUUGGGAAGUGAAAGAGUUGAUUUGUGCAUUUGUGUCUACGGCCUACAAACGAUUGUAUUUAUGUUGAAUUGUGGCAAGAGAAAGAAUCGAAAUAAAAGUGACAUAUUGAAUGUUGCAAAGAUGGCGGAAGCCAUUGACGACGAUGUUAACAAUAGCAACAAUAAGUCCAAUAUCGCUGCCGCUGCUGCUGCUGUUGCUGUUGCACAAGUCGCAAGCAAUAGCGGUAAUGGUGAUAUGAGUUUCGUGACCAACAAUCACAAUAUCAAUUGCAAUUCGAACAGCAAUCAAAGUGGCAGACGAUCGAUACUACGAUUCUCAUGCUCGCGAUGCUGUAAUGACAUUUUUAACUAUUUGAUGCGGUUUCGCGCUAGUCCGGAGGAGUUGGAGCAACGAUACAAAUCACGGGAAAUCGACAAAUUUUUGGAAAAAGAUAAACAUACAUUCCGACGACAGGUGAAAUUGCUCUUACUCGGCGCGGGCGAAUCUGGGAAAUCCACAUUUUUGAAACAAAUGCGAAUCAUUCAUGGCAUCAAAUUUGAGCCAGAAUUAAUGCGAGAGUAUCAACAUGUAAUAUAUCAAAAUAUUGUGAGAGGAAUGCAGGUAUUAGUCGAUGCCCGUGAAAAAUUAGACAUUGCAUGGGAGAAUCACACCUCUGAAAUGGCUGCGGAGCGAGUGCGUAAAUUUCUUCAUGGAACCGAACUUGAUGCCGAAUUUUUCGAUGACUAUGCGCCAACUGUACAGAUUUUGUGGCAAGAACGGGCUAUUCGAAGGGCAUAUGAUCGCAGAAGAGAAUUCCAAAUCAGUGAUUCAGUUAGUUAUUUUUUCGAUGAGAUCGAUCGAAUAGCAAAACCAAAUUAUAUUCCGUCCCAAAAGGAUAUAUUGCAUUGUCGGAAGGCAACGAAAGGUGUUUACGAGUUUACAAUAAAGAUCAAGGACAUUCCCUUUGUGUUUGUGGAUGUAGGAGGGCAGCGAACUCAACGGCAAAAGUGGACGACAUGCUUUAGUUCAGUGACAUCGAUUCUAUUUCUUGUGUCAACAUCGGAAUUUGAUCAAGUUUUAGCCGAAGAUCGGAAAACGAAUCGUCUGGAAGAGUCGAAAAAUAUUUUCGACACCAUUGUAAAUAAUACAACGUUCAAAGGAAUUUCAACGAUAUUAUUUUUAAACAAAACCGAUUUGUUAGCGCUUAAAGUACGAAAUCCAGAGACUGAUAUACGCUGGUAUUAUCCACAAUUUACAGGCAACCCGCAUUCGAUACUAGACGUUCAGAAUUUUAUACUACAGAUGUUUAUGAAUACCCGACGAAAUACUCACACAGCCAUUUAUCAUCACUUUACGAAUGCGGUCGAUACGCAAAACAUUCAAGUGGUUUUUAAUUCGGUGAAAGACACUAUUCUGAAGCGAAACCUAUCGGCACUGAUGCUACAGUAGAGCACCUAAUCCGGAACAACAGAACAACAACAACAUAAAAACGAAAACAAAAUCAAUAGCUGCGCUUCAGUUGUUAAAUUGUCUUUGACUCUACAUCGGUUUACGAUUACGAGCGCCAGUGACGCAAUAUAUCGAACUCCUAACUAUUUUAUCCUUGUUUGAUAGUAGUUUUUUGUCAUAUCCACACACACACACACAAACAAGUAGAUAUAUCCAGAAACGAAACGAACACAACAACAAAUUAAAAACUAAAACUAAAACGCAGGCAGCAAAUCAUUAUUGUACAAUCCCACUCUGAAAUGCACAAUCCAAUCAUUUUGUUACUUUUACGAAUGGAAAACGCAUUUAUCUUCUCCGUGCAAGUAAUGAAAAAAAAAAAACAAAUUUACCCGCGCAGUAUCACACCAUCUACCGUUUUAAAAGCAUAUUGUCUAUUUUUAUACAGAUAUUUUUGUUAUGAUAUUUUUUUAAGUUGAAAGAAGUGAGAGGAGGAAAGAAAGAAAAAAAAGUGUAGCCAAAAAAUGAUGUUUGAUUCUGUGGAUGAGAACACACCAUUUAUUUCAACAAUAUGGAAUAAUUGGACUCGAAAUAUAAGAGGAUUCCUUGGGUUUUUUUACGACGUUUUUUUUUAAUUAUAAAUUGUAAAUUCAGAGUCAGAACCAACAUAUUAGCUUUAAGAGCCUCCCCCUGUAAUUCGGCCUGAAUUUAAGGAACCAAACAUUUCCGUGUUUAACUGUAUAUUCAAUAUUCAUACAGCAUUUUGAUAUUUGAAUUUAUUCAGAACAUGUAGGAAGGAAAACACACGAAAAAAGAAAACAAUCAAAACAUAAAUGCAAAUCUCGAAUUUCGCUCGAACAGUAUUUAGACACUAAGAUCUAAAAGAAACCGAAAAGCAAUUUAUAUGAUUAUUGUAUAAUAUAUCGCACUCAUUAAACGAUAUUAAAUGAAAGGUUA